GGAAGCGCCGAACUCCAGUUUCCAAAGUUUAGAGUGAUGCUAAGGUUAGCCGAUGGACGGCAGUAAGCCUCCGUCCUCAUUAACUGCGCACAGAUGGAUGACAUCAAUGUUUUACACCACAGAUGCCUUCUCAAUUUGAGGCGUAGAAUUCGAGACAUAGAAGAUGGUUGCCCAGCCCAGGAUCGAUGCAUGAGGUUGCAGAAGGACGGAGACACACUUAGUUACCAAGGGAACUCCGAGGAAGUGGGUUGCUAUGUGGCUGGCCUUCCUUUAUCAAAGGGAAAUUGCUACUUUGAGGUAACAAUAGUGGACACAGGAGUGAGGGGAACCAUCGCGGUGGGCCUGGUGCCUAAAUUCUACAGGCUGGACCACCAGCCUGGCUGGCUGCCAUACUCUGUAGCUUACCAUGCUGACAACGGCAAGCUGUAUAAUGGUAACCCUGUUGGAAAGCAGUUUGGGCCAAAAUGCGCUCGUGGUGACCGCAUUGGCUGCGGCAUACACUCAGAAAACACAGAAGCUGGUCUUAUUACUGUCUUCUUCACCAAAAAUGGCAGAGAGGUGGGUUCAGUAGAGGUUCCUGUGUCGUCUGAGGGCCUUUACCCGGCUGUAGGUAUGCACUCCAUGGGGGAGGAGGUGAAGGUCGACCUGCGGGCGGAGUGGCUCUUAGAGGAGGAUGAUACCAUGAUGAUGGUUGACAGCCAUGAAGAUGACUGGGGACGGCUCCAUGACGUCAGAGUCAGCGGCUUGCUCCUGGAAUAUGUUGGCAAAGGAAAGAGCAUCAUGGACGUUGGUUUGGCUCAGGCCCGCCAGCCGCUCACCACCCGCUGCCACUACUAUGAAGUGGAGAUAGUUGAUGCUGGGGAGAAGUGCUACAUCGCCUUGGGCUUGGCAAGAAGGGAUUAUCCCAAGAACAGACACCCUGGGUGGAGCCGAGGGUCCGUCGCCUAUCAUGCAGAUGAUGGGAAGAUCUUCUACGGCAUCGGAGUCGGAGAUGCUUUCGGGCCCCGCUGCUUCAAAGGGGACAUCAUGGGGUGCGGCAUCAUGUUCCCACGUGAUUACAGCCUGGACGGAGACGGUUCAGCUGACGUGGAAGACUUGGGUCGGCUGGAGGCCAGACCCAGUCAAGAUGGCGUCCAGAACGUUCUGUAUCUUAACGGUGAAGACGAGGAAGAGGAGGAAGGGGACGAAGUCGCUCAGGAACAGCAGGGAAAGAAGGUGACGGUGUUUUUCACCAGGAACGGGAAGCUGAUGGGUCGACGGGAGAUGGUGGUCCCGCCUGGGGGUCUGUACCCCACCGUGGGGAUGCUGAGCAGCGGUGAGAAAGUCAAGGUGGACCUGCAUCCUCUCAGCGGAUGAACCGAGAGGUCGUAAGCCAGCGCACGCACCAUCCAGCUGCACACACGCACGUCUUCCUCUGCACUGCUCCGGAUUUUAUUUAUAAAACUAAUCAUCGCAGUAAGAACAGACCACAAGCUCUGGCAGCAACGGUUACUUCUAUGCAAUCUGCUCUGCUACCAUCCUCCUUCUGCAUGCACUUUGUCUCUGAAACACUGAGCUGGUAAAUGCCCUCACGCGGUCUUGCUUUUUUCCAUUUGUCACGACCCCGAGCAAAGCGGAGAGAGGCCAACGUCAGUUUGUUUCAGGGAACAGGACUCCCUCCCUCUGGGCGAUCAGGGACCUCACAUGCUGCUCUCCCAGAGCCAGACGUGGAGCUCCUCCGUUUCCUCAUAGCUGCAGAGUCCUCCUUAAAUCAGUGUUACGAAACAAACCAAGCGUUCGGUGCGCCGCUGAGCAGCGUCGCGUCGGAUAUUUUCCCUAAGAGCUCAAUUUGCAGCCAAAAUCCAAAUAAAAACGGGUCAGAAACAUUUUCUACAUGCCAUCUUUGAAAAACAAAUAUUUAAGUGAAUUUAUCUCAUUCAGGGAAUAUUUGUGUGUUUUAGCACUUUAAUAGAUAAACUUUGGCUUUAUAUUCUGGAUCCAAACUGUGAGCAAAGGCAGAAACUUUAAGAACCAGUCCAAUACUGACUGAUCAAUUUAUGCAAUCCACAUAAAAAAGUGUAAAUAAAUGACUUAAUGUUUGGAAG